AAGCCUUUUGGAGUGACCUACAUGCCUAACCGAGCCCAUUCCAAAGGGGGGAAGUUGGCCUCCUAUGCUCAUGGUCUCGGGUCGAAGAUAGCUGGGACAGAAUGGCACUGCCGGCACGUUUGAGCCAUUCUGAAGCGUGGUUCGAGCCUUGGCAAAAUGCUCUUUCUGUCGUUUGACGACGCUUCGCUGAGCGUUCUUCGAGUGACGUUGGAGGCUGCCGCCCGUCCAGUUCAUGGUGGCAUAAGGUCGAGAUGUGCAUGGAGAGUGUGCUUGCGGAUUGCUGUGAAGUAGAGCCGGUGAGAGUAGAGCCGGUGAGGAGAGAGGUAAAAAUUUUGUUGGUUCAGCUCUCUGGGAAGGCAUACUCAUGGAUUGCCCAGGUGGGAAGGUACAUCACGCAUCACGUGUUUUGUACCCUUUACACGCUGCAACUUCACCCACUGUCGAGGUUGAUAUAUUUAGAAGCUACUCUGUCACUUCGACACUCAGUGGGAGGCGACCGUACUAGUUUCAUGGGCAAGUCUCCGUAUGUACAAGAAGUGAGAGAAUGUGCAAUACCUCACGUCGAUGAUAUUCCCUCCCUGGAACCGAGAAUGCUUGAUGAUGCGUGGAGAUGCUUCAGCAUUGACAAGAGAUGUCAGUCACAGUUGGCCCGAGGCAGAGCGCGGCGGUCAACCGGACCCUAUCUAGGUAGACUGCGAACAGGCCCUAUGACCUUGGUUUGCUUCGGUGGUGAUGGGCAAGUUGUGGUCCUGCCAAUUUACAGUUCAGCGAGCUCCCAUGAAGGAUGGGCCGAUUGGCUGCACUCAUUGCCUACUCUAAGCUCUCCACGCUGCUUCUUGGAGAAGAAGAUGGCGGAAAGCGCAACGUUUGGGAAUGUGGGGUCGGGUUAAGGGUGCAGCUUCAUCUUGUAAUUGCAGGAAUACGGACCACCUAAACAAGCUUUUGAGGUUGGUAAUCUGUAUUUGCAGAGUGAAAAUACGCUAACACGAAGCGGAAUCUUGUUGCCGGUCAAGAGGGAGUGAUUGUGAUGGAAGGAUUUCUUGCUUGUGACCAAUGUACCAGAGCUGUUACCCUAGGGCACCUCAUAUGA